AUCGUUUUCCAAUUGAUGUAGUCCAGGAAAAUUAUGUCCGUAACGUGAGAAACUGCAUUUUUUCAAUUGUCUAUCCUACACCUUUUAAAUCUAGAGUUCGUCUUGUAGCUGUUUCAAAGGAAGUUCUUGAAAAUAUUUUGGAUCUUGAUCUAUCUGUCAAAGGAACAUCUGAUUUUCUUCAGUUCGUCAGUGGUGGGAAAGUGAUACUUGGGUCUGUUCCAUUGGCCCAUAGGUAUGGGGGUCAUCAGUUUGGUAGCUGGGCAGGUCAGCUGGGUGAUGGAAGAGCCCACUUGAUUGGAGUAUAUACAAACAGGCAUGGUGAGAGGUGGGAACUACAGUUAAAAGGGUCAGGAAAGACCCCAUAUUCUAGAGCGGUGCUUCGCUCUUCUGUGCGAGAAUUUUUGUGUAGUGAGGCCAUGCACUAUCUUGGGAUUCCUACAAGCAGAGCUGCUAGCUUAGUUGUAAGUGAUGAUGAUGUGUGGAGAGACCAGUUUUACAAUGGAAAUAUUAAGAAAGAAAGAGGUGCAAUAGUGCUACGUCUUGCCAAGUCAUGGUUUCGUAUAGGAUCCUUAGAAAUCUUAGCUCAUUCUGGGGAACUGGACUUACAAAGAAGAUUGCUAGACUUUAUCAUCCAGGAACAUUUUCCAUCAAUAGCCAUGAAUGAUUCAAAUAGAUAUCUGGAAUUUUUCUCUACAGUCGUAUCAGAGACUGCAAAUCUGAUUGCGUUGUGGAUGUCUGUGGGGUUUGCACAUGGUGUGUGCAAUACAGAUAACUUCAGUUUAUUAUCCAUAACAAUAGAUUAUGGUCCAUUUGGAUUUAUGGACUCCUAUGACCCAAAUUUUGUUCCAAACACAUCUGAUGAUGAAAGGAGGUAUAAAAUAGGAAACCAGGCAAAUGUUGGGCUGUUUAAUCUGAGCAAGCUGUUACAAGCUCUAAAACCUUUAUUGGAUCCCAGGCAAAAGCAGCUAGCUUCCCAGAUUUUGGAGGGAUAUGGUGAGCACUAUUACAUCCGUUUCACAGAACUAUUCAAAACAAAAUUGGGUCUUCUUGGGGAGAAUGAAGAUGAUAACUAUUUGAUUGCUUUCCUCCUGAAACUUAUGGAAGAUACAAAGGCUGAUUUUACAAUGACAUUUCGACAGCUCAGUGAAAUUACUGAAGACCAGUUAAAGGAGCUCCAUAUUCCUGAGGAGUUCUGGGCUCUCCAGGAUCUGGGUAAACACAAGUUAUUUUCAGAAUGGGUUACCAUGUACCUCUUGAGAUUAAAUCA